UUUGUUCCACUGUUGAUGGCUGCUACUAAAAUUAUCGAUGCGCCUCGCAAUGGCCAUGAAAUGGCACCACUGAAUACGAGGGCACGUGGAGAUGGUUCACAUGGUGUUACAAUUGUCCUAACUGCUCCACAGAGAAACUCCGUUAGUUCCGUAGAGAUACCUGGAGAUCCAGAAAGAGCAGCAUGGUCGGGAAAAAUGCAAUUUUUUCUCAGCAUUAUCGGCUAUUCAGUUGGAUUGGGAAAUAUAUGGCGAUUUCCAUACCUGUGUCAACAAAAUGGUGGAGGUGCAUUCUUAAUACCAUUCAUGGUAAUGUUAAUAUUAGAGGGCAUACCUCUCUUUCUUAUUGAACUGGGCAUGGGCCAGCGAAUGCGUUUGGGAGCUCUAGGAGUAUGGAAUACAAUUCAUCCCUGGCUAGGAGGUAUUGGCAUUUCAUCGUGUAUUGUAACGCUAUUCGUUGCGCUGUACUACAAUGUGAUCAUCACGUGGGUGUUCUUCUAUCUAUUUAAUAGUUUUAGGUAUCCCCUGCCGUGGGCGUCUUGCCCCACCAACGAAACGGGGGCAAUUGUGGAAGAGUGUGCGCUAUCAUCAGAAACGGCGUACUUUUGGUAUCGCACAACCUUAGAUGCUGCUCCGUCCAUGGAAGAGCCAGGUGGCCUCAAGUGGUGGAUCGUUCUGUGCCUACUGCUGUCAUGGACAAUUGUGUUCUUUAUUGUGAUGAAGGGUAUCCAGAGCUCCGGUAAAGUGGUCUAUUUUACCUCGCUCUUUCCCUAUAUUGUGUUGACAAUCUUCUUUAUACGCGGUAUAACAUUACCUGGAGCCAGUGCGGGUCUAAUGCACAUGUACACGCCGAAAGUGGAGAAACUGGCCGAUCCGACGGUGUGGCUGGAUGCAGCCACGCAAGUAUUUUAUUCCUUUGGUCUUGCCUUUGGAUCGUUAAUAGCUUUCGGUAGCUACAACACACCCAAAAACAAUUGCGUUCGUGACGUCUUACUUGUGUCCGUGUGUAACGCCGUGACAGCCAUCUAUGCCAGUGUGGUAAUAUUUGCCAUUCUCGGCUUCAAGGCGACAGCAAAUGUGGAUCGGUGUGUCGAACAAAACAAAGAAAUACUUUUUAAACAUUCAAUGAUAACAUCUCCAAAUAUCACAUUGGAACAGUAUGAAGGCGUUAUGGCUGGCGUCAAUAUGUCUGAUCACAAACUGGGUCUUAGCACUUGCAGUUUGUCCAAGGAAUUGGAUAAUGCUGCCGAAGGAACUGGCUUAGCGUUCAUUGUCUUUACACAGGCCAUUGUUGAAUUGCCAGGAGCGCCAUUCUGGGCAGUUCUGUUUUUCACAAUGCUGUUGUCAUUGGGUCUGGGCUCCCAGAUCGGUAUACUUGAGGGCAUGCUGUGCACGUUGUUCGACAUCGACAUCAUCAAGCGGGUUAAGAAACAACAUGUAACUGGAGUGGUGUGUCUAUUCUGCUUCAUUGUCGGUUUCAUCUUCUGUACAGGUGCUGGCGAGUAUUGGCUCAAGAUGUUCGACUCAUUUGCCGGUACAAUUGGUCUCGUUGUGGUCGCGCUUAUGGAAAUGAUUGCUGUUGUCUAUAUCUAUGGCCAUGAGAGAUUUACAGAGGAUAUUUACCAAAUGACUGGUUAUCGUCCCGGAUGGUAUUGGCAGCUAACUUGGCGCUUUAUUGGUCCUGUGAUUAUGGUUGGCAUUCUUGCCUCAUCCAUUGUAUUCAUGAUCAUUAAAAAUCCAACCUAUGGUGCCUGGAAUGGAGAAACGGGAUCGGUCGAACCGAAGGAUUAUCCACCAUGGGUAAUGGGCAUUGCAUUAGCCAUGAUUUUAGCAGGUGUUUUGCCAAUGCCAAUAGUGUUCCUGAUGCGUAGCUUCCAAUGCCUCAAAGUGGAUUUGGAUAUACAUCAAGGUUCGAUACGAAGAAAUGAGACAACCGCCUCCACUAAGGAAAUGAUCGAUAAUGACGAUGAUGACGACGAGGACGAUUUUAGUGGUCCUGCUUUAGGCGGACAUGUUAAAACACACAGUGAUGCAUCUGACGAUGAAGACGACAGGCCGGUUACAAUGCGCAGUACAAUGAUGCGAGUUACCGGCAAUCAUCUCGACGUGCCAACGAACAGAAAGCCCUUUAAAAUGGAAGUUUUCGAUUUGUAAAUGCCU